AUGGAGGUGGAGAAGGCAGGUAUCAUCGCCGGCCCUCGCUCUUUACUAGUAGUCACCUACAAGCUACCGCAGCAGUCGUGGAGACGGAAACUAGCCGGCAACAAGGGGGGCGGGAUCAUUGGCGUCGAUUCAAAAGGCGUAGGGUGUGGGCGGCACCGAGUCGGUUCGGAGUGCGGUCGACGGGACUGGCUGUGUCUGGCUGCUUGCUCGAUCCAAAAGCGAUCCACAGAGCCACUCACAGCCAAGGGCACCCGCGAGUACUCCAUCCAGACCUGGCGGACCACAUUCCCGUCGUUUCUUGAAGGUCGGCUCUUUCGCAUGCAAGGACACAGGCCAGGACCAGGUCCGUGUAUUCAGCAGUCGCGGCACCGCAGCUUGCGUGCCGAGCUCAAGCUCGAGUUGGAGAUUCGAUGCACUGCCAGGGGCACUCUCUCAUUAACGCUCGCUCUGCACUAA